UAACGUACGUACGUGGCUAAUGGCUAGUGUAAUGCUGUAAACACAGUCUCUGAUGCUGCAAUACGUUUUUAAAAUGAACAAUUACUUGCCAUGUUUCCCCUCUGAAUAGACUAAAGGUGUGAGCUAAAAAGCGGCAAUAGUUUAAUUGAAUGUUGUAUUAGCCUUCAAGAAGUCAGUUUGUCUUAUGCUGGCUUAGCUAACAGAGCAUGCACCUGCUAUACAUUAUAUUUUCUGCACUUUUGUGCUUUUUGAUAUUGAAAUGGAUGAAACGGAGAAGGUACUGCAUGGAUGUGAAGAGGUUAGAUGGAAAAACGGUUCUUAUAACUGGUGGGAACGCUGGGAUUGGGAAGGAGACGGCUGUGUUGCUGGCUUUGCGAGGAGCUCGUGUGAUCAUCGCCUGCAGGGAUGAGGAGAAAGCCAGGAAAGCCGUUCGAGAGAUCAAAGCCAGGAGCCACAAUAUGAACGUGCUGUAUAUGGAGGUCGACCUGGCCAACAUGAGGUCUGUAAGAGAGUUCAGCAAAACCUUCUUACAAAAGGAGAAGCGGCUGGAUAUUCUGAUCAACAAUGCAGGCAUGCCCAGCGUCCUCGACUGGACAGAUGAUGAUUUCUCCAUGUGCUUUGGCGUCAACCACCUUGCCCCCUUCUUACUGACCAACCUUCUUCUCCCGCGGCUGAAAGAGAGUUCACCGAGCAGAGUGAUCAAUCUCACCUGCUCCAGCUACAAGUACCAGAAGCUGGACUUCCAAGAUCUCAACUACAACCUGUUUCCGUUCUUCACCUACUGCCGCAGCAAGCUGGCCAACAUUUACUUCACACAGGAGCUCGCUCGCAUGCUGGAGGGGAAAGGAGUGACCGCGUACUCCGUUCACCCUGGUUACGUUCAGAGUAACUGGACCUGUCAUUACUCUGUUUUGUUCCGGAUCCUGGUGCAGGUGGUGAUGUUCAUGUUUUUUGUUUCGUGUGAGGCUGGGGCGCAGACAGUGGUCUACUGCGCCGUAUCAGAUGAGGUGCUCGAGCACAACGGAGGAUAUUUUGCUGACUGUCAGCCGGCUCACCUUAGAGCCUUCGCUAGAGAUUCUGGAGUUGCAAAAAAACUUUGGGAGGCCAGCGAGAGACUAGUUAAACUGGCCUGAUAACAGUAUACAGUGCUUUUUGUUUGCAUGUUUGAUAAGCAGACUCUUAUGUUAUUUAUAGAAAGCCAUGUUAGUUUUUGGUUUGUAAGAAUGUGAUUUUUAUAACACUGUUUAGAGUUUUGUUUGAGUUGUAUGUGCUGUUUUUUUUUUUUACACAGUGUAAUUUAUUUAAUUUAAUGAUUGAUGUGGUUUUUGACAAGCAGUAUUGAAAUGCUCAUGUUUUCAUUAAAACACUUUAAUUAGUGAAGAAUGUAAAUAGGUCACCACAAAUUCCAUUUACCAUGGAGGGUGGCCAUUUAUAACUGCAAAACUAUACUUGUGCCUGAAAGUGCACAAAUCUAGCAGAAUUACAAAGGUUUCAUUAAUGCAUAUGCUUUUAUCCAAAGCAACGUCUGCACUCAUACAUUUGAUCACUCCAUGUCAAAAGGUGAAAUUUUUCACAAAAAUAAAGAAGAAAAUCAGUAUUCAUUUUCCCUCAAGGUAGAAUUUUUUAAUAAAAUGCGUUUUAAAUGCUAAUGAAAAAUAAAGAUAAAAAGUGAUUAAGAAAGCAAUUCCCAUUUGCAUUGCAGUUCACUUAGUAGUGUACAAACGUGUCCUCAAUGGAUAGACUUAUACCAACAUACUCGCUGACAUGUUGACUUUUACUCGAAAACAACACAAAAGAUCCAAGUAUAAUAAAAAUUCUAUGAUUUUAGCUAUUUCCAUGACUUAUACAGGCCUGUUUUUAAACUUGCUUUUAAAACUGACAGUUUUGACCCUCCAGUCAGGUUAAGGAAAUAAAAAUCCCAUUCAUUUUCUCCUAAGGGGAAUUGAUUUUUAAUAAGUUAAAAUAGACCUACUGUGAGCUACAAGGUUGUUGACAUAUGGUAUAUAGCCAUCAGCCUGCAUUAUUUGAAUUAAUUUUUAAAUAAUUGUUUUAACACCAGAAUUCCCAACUCUUUAGCAAUAGAAAAAUGAACGAGAAAAAAUCCAAGGCUGCUAAAAAAAAGUGGAACACUUAAAAAAUAUAAAUCGCUUGCCAAUUUUGAAUGCACAUGCACACAAUUCUUCAGUAUUUAAAUCAUCUCGUUUAUUUAUAUCUUUUGAACACAUUUGCUUAAGUCAGGGAAUACACAGAGCAUGUUUGAGAACAGAGCAAUAACAAGAGUAAGAAUCAUCAGAAAUCAAGAGAAUAUUAUCUUAUACAGAAAAACAAAACAGAGGGCUACUGUGAGAAAACUCAACUUCAGAGAAACUAUCCGGUACUGUUUCCAAUCAGAGAAACAAUAUGACGAGUGAAACGGAAACAGUCCUGUGCUAAAAGACGGUGCAGGUAGAAAUACUCUGGAUGUACUGAGCUGUAAUUGUUAAGUUAGUCAUAAAAGACCGAUAAAAGUCAGAAACCAUCCAUGGUGUUAUUGGCCAUUCAGGUUUGGUGAAAAUCCGCAAAGCACAAACAGCAGAACUGUGUCACUGCCGAUACAAAUUUAGCUAAAAAUGAUUUUGAAAAACCCAUGCAUAUUUAGCUAAUAUUGCAAGUGCUUCUCUGAAGUCAAGCAGUCUCAUACUAAUGAGUAAUCUUAUAGUCGUUAAUAUAAAUAUCAGUCACCCUGCAUUGACAACAAUGAGCUUAAUACAAAAGCAUGCCGUAGAAAUAUCACCAUUUCCAUAAUCUUAAUAUCAUCGACAUUUCGUAGCUAUAGUCUUCGUCAUUUACACUGCCAAUGUCAGCAUCAUUUUGGGACAAAAAUAUUAUAAUAUAUUUUGCACUUAAUAAAGCUGGUAAAACAGAUAAGAGAAAGGUUUAGGUAAACCAGCAUUCAAUAGAAAAUAUGAAAUCAAAAAGAUAAACAACACCAAACCUAGUGUUCAAGUGACUGUCAUGCAAAGAAAUUCCAGCUGAAAUGCAAGUAAACUGCAGUUUCAAUACUGUGUGUCCUGUUUUAAUAGUGAUGUGCACUUUCACUCGUUAACAUGUUUAUUUUCGUUUCUAAACACACAGAGAACAGUACACUUUUUACAUGCUGUUUUGUUUUUUUGUGAUUUUUGUCUUUUUUUUUUAUUAUUAGGGAGCGGACAGGUGUGGAACUCUGAU